UCACAUGCUCACAAUGACUCAUCACAGGUGCAGGAUCCUGCGCACACCUGAGAUAUGCAUCUAAUAUUUCGCCGGCACACCUCGAACGCCUCACUAAGAACUAAGCGUGCACACGUACGUGUUUCGUGCACACACAAUCGCCACUGAUACAGGAGUGACCAGACAGGAAGAUGCAUCGUGUGUGGUGUCACCCUGCAGCAGUAGUGACCGUAAUCCUGUUAACUGCUGUAGCAGUGACAACGGGCACUGGAACGCUAAGCACUAUAAAUUCUGUUAAGGUCCUAAAAAAUCCGGAUUACCAUAGGGUGGACGGCAAGUUCCAAGACUGCGCAGAGCUUUACAAGCACAACUACACAGAACCCGGCAUUUAUGUUAUCUAUCCGCAAAACUACCGAACCAAGGUGCAAUGUCAGAACGGCUUCACGAUAGUGCAGCAGCGCAUUAAAGGCAAGGUGAACUUCCAAGUGGGCUGGAAGAGCUACCGAAACGGGUUCGGAUCACCCAGUGGCGAUUUCUGGGCCGGGCUCCAGACGAUACACAAUCUCGUUGGGGCAGGUAACACAAAGCUGCUCAUCACGCUACAGGACUGGAAUGGAUUCACUGGUUUUGCACUGUACAAUUACUUCAGCAUUGGUCCAGAGUCUGACAGAUACCGGCUGAGUGUGGCCGGAUUCAGCGGAAGCGUAACCGACGACUUCAGCUAUCACAAUGGCAUGAUAUUUGCCACCUGGGACAAGUCGGAUUACAAUGGCUGUGCCAUCAACCAGAGAGCAGGCUGGUGGUACAACUACUGCGCUUACGCACUGCUCAACGGCAAAUACUACAAUGGAGGCUACUACCCUCCACCAGGGCAAUUUUUCGACGGCAUGUACUGGAAGGACUGGUUCGGGUAUAACUACUCACUGAGAUAUAUCAGCAUGGCAUUGAUGAGUGGCUAAUUAAGUGAUUCCUCAUAGCAGAGAAACCACCGUAACACAAGGCAGCUUAUGGGCAUUAUUGGAGAUAAACACAGCAUUGUCAGGCCCGUAGGGAAGCGGGGUGCGACGGGUGCAACGGGUGCGCCCCCCCCCCAGGCUGCGAAGGUCCAUUUUUUGUGGACCAACGAUUUAAAAGAAAGUGAAUUAAUAAAAGACACACUACUGAAAGAUUAUCAGCAGCAAACCUCGUGAAUAAUACGGAUUUACAACUUUAUUUCUAUUUUUGUUCUUUUUAAAUAGUGACAUUGACAUUGUUAUUCUCUAAAAUUGUAAAAUACAUGUUACA